AUGGCCAACCAUCAUCCCUCUCCCACCAUGAUGCAAAUACAGCAGCAGCCAGGGCAUCAUCAGGGCCACCAAGCGCCCCCUCCUCCACCGCCCCAUCCCCAUCAGCAAGCCGGCCACUUCCCAUCGUCAGGUCAUGCCAUCGCAGCGGCAAAUGAAGCUGUAUGGCUGCAGAUCGGAAGCUGUUCGGAGCUUCUACGCGUCCCAGACGAGGCCAUGCACGCUUAUGAGCGUGCGCUAGGGGCCAACAAUAACUCCAUCCCAGCCAUGAAUGCCAUCGGCAUGCUGCUCAAGGGCCGCGAGGCGUAUGACAAGGCGCUGGAAUACUUCAGGGCUAUCACGCAACUUGACCAGACAAAUGGAGAGGCUUGGGCAAAUCUUGGUCACUGCUACUUGAUGACGGAAAAUUUGCAAAAGGCCUACGAUGCCUACCAGCAGGCGUUAGUAAAUCUUCGUGAUUGCAAGGACCCGAUGCUGUGGUACGGAAUUGGUAUACUAUACGACCGUUAUGGCAGUUUUGAAUAUGCCGAAGAGGCGUUCGGCCAAGUCAUGCAGUUCCAGCCCGAUUUCGAAAAGGCGAACGAAAUAUACUUCCGCCUUGGUAUAAUUUACAAGCAACAGUCAAAGUUCGCACAAAGUUUAGAUUGCUUCAAAUACAUUGUCUCCUCACCACCUUCGCCAUUGUCGCAAGACGACAUCUGGUUUCAAAUCGGACAUGUUCAUGAACAACAGAAAGAUUUUGAUAAUGCCAAGAACGCCUACAACCGGGUUUUGGAAAACACUCCCAACCAUGCCAAGGUUUUGCAGCAGCUUGGAUGGUUGCAUCAUCAGCAAAGCAAUGCAUUUGAUGUUCAGGAGCGUGCUAUUCAGUACCUCGAGAAGUCUGUUGGAGCAGACAACCAGGACGCACAAAGCUGGUACCUGCUGGGCCGAUGCUACAUGUCACAGCAGAAAUAUCCCAAGGCCUAUGAAGCGUACCAGCAGGCUGUAUACCGAGACGGAAAGAACCCAACCUUCUGGUGUUCUAUCGGUGUCCUCUACUAUCAGAUCAACCAGUACAGAGACGCACUUGAUGCAUAUUCUCGCGCUAUUCGUCUGAACCCCUACAUCUCAGAGGUUUGGUACGACCUCGGUACAUUGUAUGAAUCUUGCAAUAAUCAAAUCACAGAUGCUCUGGAUGCCUAUCAGCGGGCUGCUGAGCUCGAUCCUGCGAACCCCCACAUUAAGGCGCGACUGCAGCUUCUGCGAUCUGGAUCUAGUAAUGGCGGACCCCCACCAGCUGCUCCCCAGCCUGCCGAUGUGCAUCCGCAAGCCUACCAGACCACCGGGCCAGUCGGUCCUGUCGCACCGUCCUGGGCUGGACCUGCUCAACAGCCUCCCAGCAACGGACCGCAUCACCAACAGCAAGGAGGAGCCGGGGACAGCUGGGCUCGGGGGCUUUCGGGCGUCAACCCACCACCUCAACCUCCCAAUCCCUAUGACAACCGUGGUGGCGAUGGCUUCCGUGGAGCUGUGCCUCCUCUGCAGCGCCAGCCUACUCCUCAACAGGACCAGCAAAUGCGACCAGCUUUCCCUGAGCCCGGCCGCUCUGCACCACCACCUCGUCGUGGUCAGUCACCUGGUCCUUCUAGCCAUCAAUAUUCCCAGCCUCCUCCAUCGCAGCAACAGCAGCCACCACCCUCACAAGGCCCAGCUCUGGGCCCUGAUGCCCGUGUCCCGAAUCCUAACUGGGGUGGCCAAGUCCCUUCAGUGGCAUCAGCUCCUCCCUCGGGUCAUUCGAAUGGAGUGAAUGCACCUAACGGUGCAACACCAUUCCGGGCUAACAACAGCCCGCGCCCUGACGGUAGACCGCCUCAUGAGAACCGUAUCCCUUCUCCUAAGACAGCCUACCCGCAACACCCACCGGGUCCUCCUUACAACCAUCACUCAGAGGCACCGCCUCAAGGUGCUCCUGAGAGUGCUCAUCCCCCCCCUGCCCCCUUGGCCGAGAGCCAUCCACAGCGAACUGAGGAGCGACCAGGCUCUGCUGGCCCCAAGCGAGUUCGGGAGUGGGAGGAGGAAUCGGCCGUCAAGAAACAGGCGAACGAGGAGAACCGUGCUCGCCUCGAGGAUUUGCGUCAUCGACGACCUUCAACACCUCCACGCGAGCGUGACCCUUACCGUCGCAACUCUUCUGAAGCGAGACGCCCGGAUGAGUCAAGACGGCCCGAGGAGCCACGUAACGAGGGUUAUCACCCCAGUGAAGCUGCUCACCACUCGCAAAACCAUUCUGUCGGCCCGCAGAAUCACCACCCAACAAUUCCACAGGGUCCGGCACCUGUUUCUACUCCUAGCUCCGAGAAGCCUCCCCAUGCUCCCCCUGCUCCUAAGGAUGAGCGUGCGGCAUCUGGCGAGCAGCCCGCAGCUUCUCGUCCUGCAGCCCCUACCAGUGAGCCGGAGCGGGCUGCAAGAGACAUUAAGAUCAACGAUGACUACGACGAUAGUGGAGAUGAUGAAAAGAAGGCGGCCGUACUGGCCAAUGGAUCUGGACCCGGAUCUGCUUCGGGAGAUGCUAAAACAUCCACACCAACAAACGGUGCUGUUAACGGGACUCCGGGCCCUGCACCGAAAACUGAAUAA